AUUUACUUAUCUUUUAUCUUAAUACAACUGCAGUAACCACCAUAAUGUCAAAGUAUAAGACAUCUGGAUACAAAGGUUCAUAUGACUGUGGCAAAAACGAGGAGCGGGAGGGAAGAAGUUGUGUGCGUUACAAAUGUGGCCUACUCAACACCAUACAGGAUGUCCUGCGCCAAAGACCAGGCUGGGUUGAAGUCAAAGAUGAUGGAGAAUGGGAUUUCAAUUGGUGUGAUGUGGGCUGGCUCAGGGAGAAUUUUGAUCAUUCUUACAUGGAGGAACAUGUAAGGAUAAACCACUUUCGCAACCAUUAUGAGCUGACUCGCAAAAACCUCAUGGUGAAAAACCUCAAAAGAUACAGGAAAAAUCUUGAGAGGGACAUUGGCCUCAUGGAGGCUUCCAAAUGUGAUUUUUUCCCCUGCACCUUUGCACUGCCCAGUGAGUAUCAUCUGUUCGUAGAGGAGUUCAAAAGGAGCCCUGGCAGCACCUGGAUCAUGAAGCCGGUUGCAAAAUCUCAAGGGAAAGGCAUUUUCUUGUUCAGGAAACUGAAAGACAUCAUGGAUUGGAAGAAGGAUGGCACCCGCUCAGAGGAACAGAAGGAUGCAGCUCAAGUGGAAAGCUAUGUGGCACAACGCUACAUCGAGAACCCCUACCUAAUUAAUGGCAGGAAAUUUGAUCUGAGGGUCUAUGUGCUGGUCACAUCAUAUGUUCCCUUGAAGGCCUGGCUGUAUCGAGAUGGCUUUGGCCGCUUCUCAAGCACCCGCUUCUCUCUUAGCAGUAUUGAUGACAAGUAUAUGCAUCUCACCAAUGUGGCUGUUCAAAAGACAGCACCUGACUAUGAUCCUGAAAAGGGGUGUAAGUGGCAGAUGCAGCAGCUUCGAAGAUACCUGACUGCCAAACAUGGUAGAGAGAUGGUAGAAACCCUGUUUAAAGAGAUGGAUAACAUCUUUGUUCGCAGUCUACAGAGUGUACAAAAGGUCAUUAUAAAUGAUAAACACUGCUUUGAGCUCUACGGGUAUGACAUUCUACUGGAUCAGAACCUCAAACCGUGGUUAAUUGAGGUGAAUGCCUCUCCGUCACACACGCCCAGUAGUCAAGAGGAUUACGAGAUGAAGUGCAGACUGCUGGAAGACACUUUGAAUGUUGUUGAUAUGGAGGGAAGGCUGACGGGCAAGGAGAAAAGAGUGGGUGGCUAUGAUCUGAUGUGGAACGAUGGGCCAGUCUAUAGAGAGGAUGUCAACCUAGAAACAUUUGCCAGUUCAUGUUUCACUGCCAACACACAUUUAGGGUGUGUGAAUGACAGAGAGAAGCAGCUUCGCCGACUACUUAAACCAUUUCCAGGCCAGAAGAAGAUGGAAUCACGCUCCUGAUUACUACAUCCUGUACCCUA